AAUAAUUUCGAUCUUUCGACUUACAAUUAAUCUCUUUUCUUAUAAAAUACCCUUUUUUUGCACAAUUUUUUAAUUAUAAAUAUUAUAGAGCUUUAUAUGUAGUUAGUUUAUAUUACUUUUGUAUACAACUUUAUCGGUAUUUUCUACAAUGUCUACAACGUCUGAAACUAACACAACUAUGGAAAACGAACUGAAAGUUCGUUCGAUGAAAGAAACUUGCUAUAUCGUCGCUUUCUGUGAUAAAUUUAAGUCUGUUUUGAAAGGAAUUGAAUUCUGGCCAGAGGAGUUAGAACGAUCUAUUGCAGCUGAGUAUGAGAAUGACCUGAUCGAGAAUUUACAUUGCACUUUUCUUAAUAACUGUUGUCUUAAUCGCAAGAAGCUAAUUGAACGAUCGCGAUGGCAAAAAUUGCUUUCAGAUACGAUCGAUCAGAAAAUUAAAAAAGGAUAUCAUUUCUAUAAAGAUUUUAAUCCACUCCGUAGAGUCAAAAGCUAUUAUGAACUCAGCGUCGAGGACAAGGUGCUGAUAUUGAAUAAACUUAUUACAUGGCAACUCCAAGAUAAUCCUACAAUCCAUAAAAUGGUUGAAUUUGAAUACAGAAACGGAAAAAAGAAUGAGGAGAAUGCCUUUGAAGUAAAACCAUAUGGCAUCGAUCGAAGAGGAAGAAAAUAUUAUUAUUUUGGCUAUGGUGCAAGGCUUUACCGAGAAACAAUUCUAAAAGGUAAGGGUAAAAGUAAGCAAGCUAAAGUAAUCUGGGAGGCAAUAACGACGACAGUUGAAGACGUGGAAAACUAUAUCAACAAUCCGAAAGAGAUCAAGCCAUCCGCAAAACUCGACAAAGAUCUUUAUAAAAGAUUGGUCGAAGAAUUGAUACCUGAAGUCAAAAAAACAAUUCAGCUCAAAGAAAAGCGCGAUGCUCGAAAAGCACGUCAAGAAAAAUUAGCACAACGAGUUGCUUUACUGCACGCAAACUCUGAAAUAGUUGCUAGCCGCACAAGAAGUGGUACGCGCCGGGCCACUCGAAUUAAUUAUGCCGAAUCUUCGGCAUCCUCCGGCGCCAGCGUAUCAAGACGAGGUUCAUUGAGCCUCCAAGAUGAUGCUACACCCACAACCAGCCAUUACGCAACGCGGUCACGGACCGUUCGCGAAGUUGAAAAAAGGAAAUACGAGGAAGUCGCACAGGAUCAUGAUUCUGACAACGGAACGAGGUCGUCUAGCUCGACUAAGUCGAGCAAAAAGAGUAAGGUUUCAACAGACCUUAGCUCUGUCUCAAAUGGGGCUCGAAUGAGCAGAACGACGUCUGUCGUUUCUGUUGGUUCGGCUGCAACCGCCAACUCUAUCUUUUUUCGGGCAGACUAUGAAUCGCCUGAAUUUAGAGAAGUUUUCGGUUCUGAAGCCGGAACUGACUUAUCAGAUCCUGGCAGCGAUGCUAUGGAUGAGGACCUCUAAAUUCACUCCCGGUCCUCUUUAAAAUUUUUUUUUUUUUUUUACCUGUAGUAUUUUUUUAAAAAAAAUUAACAUUGUUUUUUUUCUUGCAUAUUCUCAAAUCUUUUUUUUUUGCAUAUAUAACUUCAUUGCGUGUUCCUUCAUGUGAUUUUUUUUUUUUUAAAAAAAAAAAUCAAUUAAAAACAAUAUAUUUAGUGGGAAUCAAAAAAAAAACUUAAUAAUCCGAUCAUUCAUUAUUCACUUUAUCGAUUUUGAUCGAUAAGCACGUGUCUUCCUUUUCUCUCAUUUUUUUAUGAUUUCUUUUUGGCAUCUGUUUAAGAAUUUAAAUAACGCAUACAUUCAAUUCAUUUUAUUCACAUACAGAGGAUAAGAUUUAUUUCAAUAAUUACCUUAUUUAUAAUUCUUAUAAACCACUUUUUCGAAAUAAAUUAAUAAAGAGAAAAUAAAUCAUGGAUAGAUAAUUCUUAUUUCAAAUC